AUGAUUAUUAUUAAACAAAAUCUUUUAUUCUUAAUUUUAUUUUUAAUUAUUUUAUUAAAUAUUUUAUUGUUUAUUUUUGAUUUUCAAUUAACUAAAGAAUUUAAGAAUUAUGAAGAAAAAGAAGAAAUUAAUUGUUUUUUAUUAAAAAAUAAUUUGGCUAUUUCAGCUCUUUCAAGAAUAAAUACAAAUUUUUGUAAACAAUUUAUUAAAUCAAAAUUAUGUGAAAUUAAUGAUUAUUGGAAAAUUGAAAAAAUUGAAAAUAAUUGUAAGGAAUAUUUUGAUUUGAGACAACAAAAUACAAAAAUUGGAUGUUUUUAUUUGUCUUCAAUAAAUAAAUUAAUUAAAAAUUCUUUUAAUUUUUCUUUACAAAAUUCCCCAGAAUUUUGUAUUCAAAAAUGUUUAAAUUCUGGAUUUUCUUUUGCAGGUGUUGGAUUUGGUGUUAAUUGUUAUUGUUUUAAUUAUUUAAUUGAAAAAAAUGAAAAUUUUGUGAAUGAAAAUUUGUGUAAUUUAAAUGUCUGUCCGGGAAAGGAAAAUGAAUUUUGUGAUAAACAAACAAAAAUUCUUCCAAAAUUUAUUCCCUAUAACGGCAAAUCUUCCUCAAAUAAAAUUAAAAUACUUUUUCUUUUGCAAUUAAAUGGACGUGAUUAUCUCCAAAUUCGACGUCUUCUUGGAAUGAUUUAUAGCCAAAAACAUUUUUAUUUUGUUCAUGUAGAUAGUAGACAACAAUUUUUAUAUUCAGGUUCUUUCUUUUUUUUAAUUCUUUUAAAGUUUAAAUUUUCCCCAGAAAUGUUAAAAAUCCAAAAAGAGUUUGAAAUUAAAGGUUUUUUUAAUUUUAAAGUUUUGAAGAAAAGAUUUGCAACAAUUUGGGGAGGAACUAGUUUAUUGGAAUUAUUUCUUUUUGUAAUUAAUCAGUCAAUUUUUGAAUUGGAAAUUGAAUGGGAUUAUAUUAUAAAUUUAAGUGAAAAGGAUAUGCCUUUACUUUCUUUGGAAGAAUUGGAAAAACAAUUGGAAAAUUCUUCUAACAAAUCAUUUUUGAGCAGUCACGGUUACAAUACAGCAAGUUUUUUAAACAAACAAGGAUUUAAUUUUCAUUUUUUGGAAUGUGAAAAAAGGAUGUGGAGAGUUGCUAAAAGAAAUGAUUUUCCUUUAAAUCUUCGUUUGGAUGGAGGUUCUGAUUGGUUAAUUAUACACAGAGAUUUGGCAGAAUAUUCUGUUUCUAAUGAAGAUUUGCCUUCAAAUCUUCGUUUAUUAUUUACGACAAUUCUGUUGCCGUUGGAAAGUUUUUUCCACACACUUUCAAUUAAUUCAAAAAAUUUUUGUAAUCAAAUAUUUAACCAAAAUUUGCGUUUUACUAAUUGGGAAAGAAAGCAAGGGUGUCGUUGUUCAGCAUUUAAGCCAAUAGUUGAUUGGUGUGGUUGUUCACCUUUAGCUGUUAAAAAUAUUGAUGUUGAAAAGAAAAUUAAUUUAAAAAGAUGUCAGGAAAAGAAUUUAUUUUUUGGACGAAAAUUUGAUUCUUUUAUUGAUGUAGAACCAAUUAAUUUUUUACAAAAACAAGUACUUCGAUUUAGAGAAAAACAACAAUAUUUUAAUUUUACUCAAUCAUUUUGGUUAAAUAUAUUUAAUUAUGAAACUUCAAAUGAUUCUCCUUUUUCUUCAAAAAUCGAAUUAAUCAAUUUAAUUUCAAAAUUAUUUAUUAAAAAAAUAAAUAAAAAUAAUUGUUUAUUUAAUCGUCUUUUAAAUAUUUUUAUAUUUCGUGUCAAUUCAACUGCAAAAUUUCAAAAUAUUUUUCAAAUUGAAAUGAAAUGUGAAGAAGGAGGGGGAGGAGGAUUUGAAGUAUUUGAGUUUUUAAUUGAAAAAAUUACUAAUCAACAAAACAAAAAAGAUUCUCAAAUAAUUACUGAAGAAGGAAUAUUUGAAUUAAUUGAUGGAAUUGAAUUUGGAAUUGGUUUUGAUGUUAAAGAAGAAAUUUUUCGAAUUCAUCCACCAAUUGUUGAUUUGAAUUUAAGUGAUUUAUUUACUUUAAAAUGGAAAUGGAAUUUAAUUUUAAAUAAAGAAAAUAAUAAUUGGACAAGUCCAAAUGUUAAUUUAAUUUUGAAUGGACCUAAUAAUGAACUUUUAUUUAAUGAAAAAAUUAAAAGUUAUGAUUCUUUGAAUGGUAUUCAAUUUGUGGAUAUUAAAUUUAAAAAUAUUUUGAAUGAAAAUCCAAAUGUUAAUUCUGGUAAAUUUUUAAAAUAUUUGGGAAAAAGGGGAAGUGAAGGGUAUCCCGAAGGGAAGGAGGGAGACAUAUUGAGAUUGGGAAUUUUACGUUGGUUUUAA